AUGGACUCGCAACGAUUGUCGCAAGAGCCGCUGGACUCGUUGAUUGCCCCGCCCGACAUCAGCCUGCCCACCACUCCCGACCCACCGCACGCAGAUAUCCCCCAGGGCACCGCGCUCGCCGUCAACAAGGCUCAAGCUGCGCGGGUGGAGGAUGCGACGGCCGGCAACAUGACACCACCUCCUUCUACACAGGUUCCGCCUUCCAAUCGAACCAAGACUCGGACACCUACCCCGCCUGUGUCCCACAUCUCAACCCCACCACCGACCGUGGAAGGCGCUGCUCCUUCUCAAGGAAGUCGCAUUGGAGGAGCUAUCGUGGCUUCCAUGACGGAUGCUGAUCUGGACGCCGCGACCCCAGAGGACUUGAAGAAGAAGAUCACCGAGCUGCAGGCGGCCAUGCACGAGGCCAAGAUGUCCGCCGCCCACCACAAGCUGCAAUACCAGAUGCUGUCUCAGGAGAGCCGCGCUGCCAUCGAGCGCAUGACUGUGGAGGCUCGCAUGGCUCAGACAGAGAACGAUGUCAUUCAACAUGCAGAGCAAGCCAGAGCUGCUGCCACACCCGCCCAGCCCUCUCACCAAGACGGCAUCAUACCCGUGCACCGAGAUCUGUACCAGAGGAUGAUUCGCGAUAUUCACCUGCUGCGGGAAGCCAACGCGGAAUGGAAGGCCGAAUGCGACCGCAGGGACGCCAUAGUCGAGCGUCAAGACAAUGAGAUUGCGAGCUUGACUGACAAGGUCACCCUGAUGCGCGAGCGGAUCCGAGACAACAGAGACCACCUGCAGAGAUACAGGAUGAGACACGCACCAUCUUCGCGAGUGGACGCUACGCCGCGAUCAACAUACUACGGCACUCCGCACCGCGGUCACGCCAGCAGCCAAGCCCAGUCACAACCCUUCGCCGCCCUCCUCCAGGCCUCUGAAAUGGCCAGUCAGGAAUCGGCAAGAGCAGGAGGACGGGGCACAUCGAGCAAGAACCCCGGUCAUGUGCGGAACACGCACAGUACCUCCUCGCUGCCGUCCACUCCACAGCGAGUGCAAAAGGUGCCAUCUUCGACCCCGCAAGGCCGCAACCAGCCGCUCAAGAUUCCUUCAACCGCGCCAAUGCCACGCACGAGCGCCCUUCGCACGCCAGACGUCUACAAGCAACCGUCGCUGCCAGUCUCUCAGACUUCGCAACCAGCCGCGCCACAAUCAGAGGGCACCGUCAGCGCUUCUGACCGGGAGGAGGAAAACGACAGCGAGGCGGAGACGGACAUUCUCGAGCCGGACGUAGAGGUUGGGCAGUCGCAGGCUUCACUUAGGGCAUCGCAGAUGCUACGCUCAAGUCAGGAGGAACGGCAUGUCAAGGCGAGCUCCCAGGCCAGAGGCAUGCUGAAAGAGACUGGAGGGGAAAAUCUAAGACAGACUAAACUCUUCGGCACUGUGCGCAAGGCUAAUGUGGACAGGAGUCAGGAGCCGCCUGCCAAGAGAGCGAGGACAGGGGAGUCUGCUGUCGGACUAGGCAUUGCGGGCGUAAGGCACUAG